AUGGGUAUUCAUGGAUUGCACAAGCUAAUUGGUGAUAACGCACCACACGCCAUAAAAGCAAACGAAAUUAAAAAUUAUUUUGGGCGUAAGGUCGCCAUCGAUGCGUCAAUGUCUUUAUACCAAUUUCUGAUAGCUGUGAGGUCGGAAGGUCAGCAACUAGUGAAUGAGGCUGGUGAAACGACUAGUCAUUUGAUGGGUAUGUUUUAUCGAACAAUAAGAAUGGUAGAAAAUGGAAUUAAGCCUUGUUACGUGUUUGAUGGCAAACCUCCGACUUUAAAAAGCGGCGAGCUUGCUAAACGAUUAGAGAGAAAAAAAGAGGCAAAUAAGAGUCUAGAGGAGGCGCAAGAAACUGGUAAUUCCGCUGAUAUUGACAAAUUCAGUCGCCGUAUGGUUAGAGUUACUCCCCAACAUAACUCAGAAUGUAAAAAGCUUUUGCAGAUGAUGGGCAUUCCAGUUGUUGAGGCACCAUGUGAAGCCGAAGCACAAUGUGCUGCUCUUGCGCGCGAAGGAAAGGUGUUUGCUGCAGCAUCCGAAGAUAUGGAUACAUUGACAUUUGGAGCACCAGUACUUUUACGUCAUUUAACAUUUAGCGAAGCAAGAAAAAUGCCAAUUGAUGAAAUUCAUACAAACAAAAUACUAGAGGAACUUGGAUUAAAAAUGGAAGAGUUUAUAGAUCUGUGCAUUCUUUUGGGUUGCGAUUACUGUGAAUCUAUCAAAGGUAUCGGACCGCAUCGUGCAUUGGAAUUCAUAAAGAAAUAUAAAUCUCUAGAGGAAAUUAUCAAUAAUAUUGAUACCAAAAAGUAUCCUAUCCCUGAGAAUUGGCAAUUUAAAGAUGUGCGUCAAUUAUUUCUUAAUCCAGAAGUGAAAGACCCAAAAGAAAUUGAGUUAAAAUGGGGAUCACCUGACGUUGAAGCUAUAGUGAAUUAUCUGGUUCACGAGAAAGGGUUCAACGAGGAACGUGUUCGUAAAGGUACAGAUAAACUUGAGAAACAUCUCAAAUCGGCGGUACAGGGCAGACUAGACACCUUCUUCACGACAAUAUCCGCCUCAAAUACACCAUCUAAGCGCAAGGCUGAAGAUGACAAAAAGAAAGCUACAAAAUCAAAGAAAACCAAAACAGCCGAGACAAAGUCAGCUGGUGCUAAAAGGGGUCGACCAAAAAAAUGA